AAUCAUUUUCUAUAGACAAUGCUGACUCUUUUCAAGGAGGCUGUUGGUUUGGAUUGAAGUUCAGAACUCACAUUCAAGACAACCGAACCCAGCUUAGCCAUCGUUGGUAUGCUAAGCUGCACCAACCACCCUUCCUUCAUGGCAGCGCUCUCAUUCCCACCACCCUUCUUCGCCGUUCAGACAACCGCUUCGACUUCAACUUCAAGCUCAACUCACGCCAACUCCUUCUUCAUUCGACCCUCUCAUCCCCUUCCUCCCUGGCCUCGCUUGCGACGCCGCCGUCGCGCUCCCUUAUUCGUCGCCGCCGCUUCCGUGAAGGAAAAUCUCGGUCGCGCUCGAAAGACUCUCACUGACUUCACAAUCUUGAACUACUGGGUCGUUCGUGACUACUACCGCCUUGUUAGCUCCGUCAACGCCUUCGAGCCGCGGAUUCAGUUGCUGUCGGAUGAAGAGCUGGCCGCUAAAACCCCGGAGUUUCGCCGCCGGCUCGAGCGAGGGGAGACCCUUGCGGAUAUCCAAGCUGAGGCGUUUGCUGUUGUUCGUGAAGCUGCGAGAAGAAAGCUUGGAAUGCGCCAUUUUGAUGUUCAGAUUAUUGGGGGAGCUGUGCUGCAUGAUGGGUCCAUUGCUGAGAUGAAAACAGGGGAGGGAAAAACCUUGGUUUCCACACUGGCAGCAUAUCUUAAUGCCCUGACCGCUGAGGGUGUACAUAUUGUAACUGUCAAUGAUUAUUUAGCUCAACGGGAUGCUGAAUGGAUGGGGCGUGUUCACCGUUUCUUAGGUCUUUCUGUUGGUCUUAUUCAGAGGGGGAUGAAUGCUGAAGAACGGAGGCGCAACUAUAGAUGCGAUAUAACAUAUACCAAUAAUUCGGAGCUUGGCUUUGAUUACUUGCGAGAUAAUCUUGCUGGAAAUCGUGAACAGCUUGUGAUGAGAUGGCCAAAGCCGUUUCAUUUUGCAAUUGUUGAUGAGGUGGAUUCUGUCCUGAUAGAUGAGGGAAGAAAUCCUCUGUUAAUCAGUGGUGAGGCUAAUCAAGAUGCUGCACGAUAUCCUGUUGCUGCAAAAGUGGCUGAACUGCUUAUACAGGAGACUCAUUACAAAGUGGAGCUUAAGGAUAAUUCAGUGGAGCUGACUGAGGAAGGAAUCACUCUUGCUGAAAUGGCUCUUGAAACUAGUGACCUUUGGGAUGAAAAUGAUCCCUGGGCUAGAUUUGUGAUGAAUGCUUUAAAAGCUAAGGAAUUCUAUCGCCGAGAUGUGCAAUACAUUGUCAGAGAUGGAAAGGCUUUAAUUAUCAAUGAGCUGACAGGAAGAGUUGAAGAGAAAAGGAGAUGGUCCGAGGGAAUUCACCAGGCUGUGGAGGCAAAGGAAGGUUUGAAGAUUCAGGCAGAUUCUGUUGUUGUGGCACAGAUCACAUACCAGUCAUUGUUCAAGCUCUAUCCUAAAUUGUCAGGAAUGACCGGAACUGCAAAAACAGAAGAGAAAGAGUUCUUGAAAAUGUUCCAGAUGCCAGUCAUUGAAGUGCCCACAAAUCUUCCUAAUAUUCGGAAAGAUUUGCCUAUUCAAGCAUUUGCUACUCUUCGUGGGAAAUGGGAGCAAGUUCGUCAAGAAGUUGAAUAUAUGUUCAGACAAGGUCGUCCUGUCUUAGUUGGGACAACUAGUGUAGAAAAUUCUGAACUUUUGGCUGGUUUGCUUAGGGAAUGGAAUAUUCCCUAUAAUGUUCUGAAUGCUCGACCGAAGUAUGCUGCAAGAGAAGCUGAAAUUGUUGCACAGGCAGGGCGGAAACAUGCCAUUACCCUUUCUACUAAUAUGGCAGGCAGGGGAACAGAUAUAAUCCUUGGAGGAAAUCCAAAAAUGCUUGCCAGAGAAAUUAUAGAGGAUAGCAUACUUCCAUUUUUGACGCGAGAGGAUCCAAAUCUUGAACUUGCUGGUGAGGCUAUUUCAGAAAAGGUUCUUCCAAAGAUUAAAGUUGGACCAUCAUCAUUAGCCUUACUCGCUAAGACAGCCUUAAUGGCGAAAUAUGUAUCCAAAAGUGAGGGUAAAAGCUGGACAUAUCAGAAGGCUAAAUCUUUUAUCUCGGAUGCUGUUGAAACGAGUCUUUCAUUUAGUUUGAAAGAGCUGGAGGAGCUUGCUAAUGAAGAAUCUGAGGUUUACCCUCUUGGUCCAACAGUAGCACUUGCCUAUCUCUCAGUUUUGAAGGAUUGUGAAGAACAUUGUUUACGGGAAGGAUCUGAGGUAAAAAGGCUUGGCGGCCUUCAUGUGAUUGGUACAUCUUUACACGAGUCCCGGAGAAUAGACAACCAGCUUCGGGGCAGAGCAGGAAGGCAGGGCGAUCCAGGAUCAACACGAUUUAUGGUCAGCUUGCAGGAUGAGAUGUUCCGAAAGUUCAAUUUUGAUACUGAAUGGGCUGUGAGACUUAUCUCAAAGAUCACUAAUGAUGAGGAUCUGCCAAUAGAGGGUGAUGCCAUUGUAAAACAGCUCUUAGCAUUGCAAAUCAACGCAGAGAAGUUCUUUUUCGGUAUAAGAAAGAACCUUGUUGAGUUUGAUGAAGUAUUGGAGGUGCAACGGAAGCAUGUUUAUGAUCUAAGGCAGUUAAUCUUAACCGGAGAUGAUGAAAGCUGUUCUCAACACAUAUUUCAGUACAUGCAAGCAGUUGUGGAUGAGAUUGUCUUCAGUAAUACUGAUCCGUUGAAGCAUCCACGUAGCUGGGGUUUGAAUAAUCUCUCGAGAGAGUUUAUGACAAUUGGUGGCAAGCUGUUGCAUGAAUCAUUUGGAGUGAUUAGUGAUGACACUUUACUAAAUUCACUUGGGCAACUGAGUGAAGUGAGUUCAGUUGAUAUUGUCAACUUCUCCCUUCCAAAUUUGCCAGCACCUCCAAAUGCUUUCAGGGGUAUUCGCAGGAAGAGCUCUUCAUUGAGACGAUGGCUUGCUAUUUGCACUGAUGAUUUAAUUGAGAAUGGGAAGUAUCAAACAACUUCUAAUCUCCUUCGCAAGUAUCUUGGAGAUUUUCUAAUAGCUUCCUAUUUAAAUGUUGUUGAAGAGUCUGGUUAUGAUGAGAGAUAUGUAAAGGAAAUUGAGAGAGCUGUUCUUUUGAAAACUUUGGAUUGUUUCUGGAGAGAUCAUCUUGUAAACAUGAAUAGGCUCAGCUCUGCGGUUAAUGUUAGGAGCUUCGGCCAUAGAAAUCCUCUGGAAGAGUAUAAAAUUGAUGGUUGUCGGUUUUUCAUCUCAAUGCUCAGUGCAACUCGAAGGUUAACUGUGGAAGCACUCUUGCGACACUGGACAUCUCCGAUUGAAUCCCAAGAACUAUUUUUAUAAUAACCGUUCCAUGGUUCUUAGAUUAAAGAUAGAUAAUUUAAGCAGAAGAAUUUCCAACUUCCCCCAAGGACUAAUAAGAAGGCGAAUUCUGCAAGGCUAAUUUUCUGUACAAUGUUCUUGCCUUCUUGGUGUUUCAAUUAGUCAAUAGGAUGCCUGGUGUAGAUAUCAUAAAAUGGGGGACUGUAGAUUGGUUUUAGCUAGGACUCAGGGUUGCUUUAUCUCCCAGUUCUACCCUUUUUUUUUCUGGUUUGUCGAACUCACAGGAAAGAUUCAUGUAGAUGGCCACAAAAGUAAUUUAUCAUAUGAGCAUCCUUUAAAAGAGGGAGCAAUCAAAGGGACAGAUCCUAUUUAUUCCAGUCCUUUUGCUUGGAUCACAUGAUUUUUGUUGCUUGAUUGAAUUGCAGUUAACCUGUUCAUGGUUCCUAGUACUUACAAGAGGUUUAGCAAGAGAUGUGCUAGCAAAUGUCCUUUCUGUUCUUUUGGGUCUUCUGAAACAAUAAGCCAACUUUUCUAGCACAGUUUCUGGGCAUUGAUCUGAUAAUGGAGUUGAGGGCCAUAAGGAAAGUCAUAGUUGCUCAUGUAUUCUCAGGCUUGAAUGUAAUUUUAAAUUUUGUCAGUGUUGCUAUAAAUACAGCAUGUAAAAUAUGAAGCAUGUUUGAAUUGUAUAUAAUGAAUUGCAAUUGCAGUAAUACGAAGGAACUCAUGGGGAUUGUUUGGUAGCUGCUAGAAGGAAAACACCAUUAAAAGAGAGUGAAAUUUGCUA